AUCCGAUGAUGUUGAAUUGUUGAUAUACAUAAACCCUGAUCUCUCGUUCAUCUCACAACCUUAAAAGGGAAAGUGAAAAAAAAAAGAGUGAAAAAUCAACUGCAACUAAAGGUGUUGUUAACUUCAAACUAAAAAACUCACAACUGCUUCAAAAAAUCACUCACUCGCAACCUGUAAUACCUCUCAUUUUUCUUGUAAAAAACCUUAUUGAAAGUUCGUUAAUGGAGGAUCAUCCAUACAGUGGAGGAGACACUCUGGUGGAAGGGAGACAAGUUGCUAUCUAUUCACCCUCUAAUGAAAACCCUACACUCAGAAAAGCCCAUUUUCUUAAACCCCUUUUUAGUGAAGAUCAUGAUCAUUUCCCCCCUCCACCAAGUUCACUAUAUUCAUCGAAACCCACCUUUAAAAAGGUGGAAAAAUUUGAUUUGCAUCGAUAUAAGAAGUACCCAUCAGAGAAAUGGAAGACUUGGGUACAUAGUUUGAAGCCCAAGUACCAAGAAAUAUGGAAGCAAGCUGGUAUUUAUGAAGCUAUAAUGGCCUCAACUUAUGAGAUUCGAAAAAGCAAAGAGUUGAUCAUGGGUCUUGCUGAGAGGUGGUGUGCUGAGACUAACACUUUCAUCUUUCCAUGGGGUGAGGUAACUAUUACUUUAGAAGAUGUUAUGUUUCUGGGAUGUUAUUCUGUUUUGGGUGCCUUGUUUCUGACUCCUCUAGCUGAUGGAUGUGUUGGUAUUUUCGAUUCCCUGAAAAAGGCUUUUAAUGAAGUUAGAUUGAUUUCUGGUGGAAGUGUUAUUGAUACAAUGUGGAUCGAGUAUUUUAUGUGUAGUGGAAAGGAAUUAGAACAUGAAGCAUUUCUUGCAAUGUGGUUGUCUAGGUUUGUUCUUGUUCGCUGUUACGGUAACAUAGUUGUAAAUGAUUUUCAUGUUGCUAUCCAUCUGUCCCGAGGUAAAAGAAUUGCCCUAGCACCGGUUGUUCUUGCUAGCAUUUAUAGAGAUUUGAGGCUGUUGCGCAGUUCGAUUGUUGACUCCAGUAAAUUACCAUAUACAGUUUGUUUGAAAAUUAUUUUAUGUCAUGCUGAUUUAGUGCAAAUGUGGGCUUGGGAGAGGUUUCCAAAGCUGAGGCCAACUCCUUGUGUCAUAGAAAGUGAAGAUCCUAGAUCAGCUCGGUGGAAUGGUGUGAGAAUGCCGAAAGUUAUAUAUGUAAGGGAAGCCUUAGAUUCUGGAAAAGAUUCAUUUAUAUGCGCCCCUAUGUCAUAACUUCAAGUAAUUGUAUAUUGAGUAAGUUGUAUAAAGAUAAUGCACAGAAGUUGGUAGUUGAAUCUGAUGACACAGAGUCACUUGCUCGAUGUUUGAGAGUUUCUGAGUUAGUUGGAUUAGACUAUAUUGAACAGUACCUUCCCCAUAGAGUAGCUAUGCAAUUCGGAUUAGACCAAGAUGUUCCUCCCCAUGUUAUGCGAUCCAACGAGAGUCCUAAAACUGCUUGGAGCACUUACAAAAGAUCUACUAGAGGUACACAACUAUAUAUACCACCUCGACAUUUUCAGUCUAAUGUCUCCUCCCGAUAUAUGGUUUGGUGGAGGGGCCUUUUGCCUGCAAAUGAGGAAAUUGUGACUACUUGCAUCCAAAAUGAGAACCAUUUUCCACUGAUCUCUUGGGGACACAAGAGAAGACGUUCGAGAAAGACGGAGAGUUUUGGCCAUAGAAACCAUCUUGAUGAUAUGAUGGUAACAAAAACUCAUAUUGGAAGCAAAUCUUCUACUGAAAGACCUAUAAAACUAAAAGAAGAUGCAGUUGUGAGUGACACUAAUCAUGUAGAGGUGAAUGAUGCUAAUGCCGAACUUUCAAAAAUUGAAGUUGUGAGCAAAUCUGAUAGUUCUGUUAACAAAAUUGUUGAUAUUGAAGAAAAAAGCUGUGAUCAUACUUCAUCUGAGAUGCGACAUUUUGGACUGAUGGCACGUAUUUUGAGGCUUGAAAAGAUUGUUGAUGUGAUUAAAGCAGCAAAACAUAAUGCUAGUUCUAGUGGUAAUUUUGAAUAGUAGUUUGUGACAGAACAUAGCAUCCAUAUAUUUAAAUAAACAUUAUGCCCGUUCUCUUGGCUUCUCUAUAACAAUACAAGAUCCCUUCCUGUGUUCACAUAUCCGAAGAAUGUAGGGAUCUCCUUUCUUGCUUGGUUGUUGCUAAUGCACACUGGAGAAACACAGUACGAGAUAUCCAGAACCAUCCAUGGUUUUUGAAGAACUUGUCACGGGAGUUAUCUGCUACAGUUCAAGCCACGCACCACAUCAGUUUCUAAUCUGCAUGCUAAAGGUCUCACAAAAGGAUGACCAAGUAAACUUGUGAUCGGGGUGGUAGCUCAAAGUUCAGCUCAUAUUUGCAGGUCCAAAUUUCCCACUCCAAUCAAAGCAACUUGUUAUAGGCAUGGUUCUCAUUUUCUUUUCUGAAUUUGAUAGUAUGUAGCAAUAUUUCUGUUCAAAUUUAGGCCUUUCAUCUCAUGUUUCUUGUUCGUUCAUCGCACAGUAAUAUUCCAGUCAUGUUUCUUGUUCAAAAUUAGGACGUACCCCGAUUUGUCAAAAAAACAAAUUAUUGUUAAUUUUAUGCAUCUCAAUUAUGUAAAAAAGAACCUUUUGGCCUUUCUGUCUCUUUCGAGAAAUGUACUGUAUGAAGAUUAGUGAUCAGGGAUCUGAGUAAAGGAUAUAGCAAUUUGAGGUUGCCGUAAAAUUUGUCAAAAAAUAAUUUAAUGCAAGUGAUCUUUUGUUUUCACUUUUCCAAUUCGUCAUUGAAUGUGUGCUCCACUCUAAUUUGUUUUUAAUCUUUACUGAAGUAACCAUUCUUCCAUCACAUAUGGAACCCUAAGAUAUCUAGCCAGUGAAAUGUUGAUCGGUUCGAGAAGUUUCAGUAUAUCAUGUGGUACAUUGUUUAGACUCUAGGCUUAUUCACCGUAUAAUCCAAGUUUAAACUUUCCCUUGUUAGAUGCUGAAGCCUCUUGUAAUCGAAUUCUGGAACUGAGAUGACUGUGAUAAAUGAUAACCUAGAAGAGGAUUUGGUACCUGAAGCGGAGGAAGAAAGCAAGUAUGAUAAACAAGUGAAGGAAGCUGGCGAGGUUCCAAUCCGUCCCUGCCUUUUCAUUUUGAGUAAGCAAAUUAAAAUAACUGAUCUUCCAGCUUUGACAAAGGAGUUGUAUUUGGCAACUUCAGUGUUUGGAGAUGAUCUAAAAAGUUUAGGGAAGCUUCACAUCCCCACUAUUUGGCGCCAGUGAUCUACAAAGACCUAGCUUUAGCAAGUUACGAGCAUUAGUAAGGCCUUGCUCCCGAGUUAUAAACAUGGAGGAAUGCAAGUGAAGAGGAGUAAAGUUAUAUAACUUUCACUCCAAUUUGUGCUCCCGAGUUUUUUAAAAGGAGGAAAGCAAAUGAAAAUGAAUGCAGUUAUAACAUAGUUUCACUCCAAAACUUUCAUUCCAAAAGUGGGAUGCAAGAUAUGUUGACAUUGCCUAGUAGGAUCGCCAUUCACAUUGUCUCCAAGUUUUCUGAUAAGUUAGGUUCUUCAAUAUAUAAAGUUCACUAGAU